GAGCACAUCGAUCUCGGCAUAAAGUAUGACCCCGCCAUCGGAAUCUAUGGAAUGGACUUUUAUGUCGUCCUCGCUCGCGCUGGUAGUCGUGUAGCCAAGAGAAGACGUGCUCCAGGACGUGUGGGACCAUCUCAUCGUGUGACACGCGAUGAAGCUGUGAAGUGGUUCCAGCAAAAGAUGCUUCGAACUGCCUUUUUUCAGUAUGAUGGAAUUAUUCUGCCGCCCAAGCCUAAGGUGAAGCGCGCCAUCCAUCGUAGACGUUAA